AUGGACCAACAACAGAAAUUAACCACUGAAGAUAACAGCAAUCCUAUUUCACCUGAUGAUAACAAUCUUCAGUCUAAAACUCAACCACAGACUCCGUCACAAUCGUCAUGGUAUACUAAUUGGUGGAAUAGAAAUAAUGCAGAUAUAACAUCGCAUCCUAACGAUAGAGUUACUAAUGAAACUCCAAUUGAAAAUUCAGAUGAAAAUACCAAUGCAAAUGAAAAUACAAAUGCAAGCACAAAUACAAAUAUAAUCUCUACUGAACAUAGUGUGACGCUUCCACCAGGAGGAGAUUCAUGGUAUGGAUACGCUUGGAACAAAUUACCACAAAUUCCAUAUUUGAAAUCUAAUCCUCAACCUGUUUUAGAAUUGGAUGAUGAUACGACUUAUCAAGAUUUAAAUGAAACUCAAAAAGAUCUUAUCAAGAGAGAAAUUUUGGAAUCCAUAACUCAAAAAAAUGAUUCUUGGUGUUGGUAUAAAGAAAUGAAAAUAGAUAGUGAUAUACCAAAUUCAGAUUCAUCAUUUAAUAAUGAAGGAUUCAUUAAUGCUUUCAACACGUCUUCCAUGAAAUGGCCAAUUCCCUAUGACCAAUACCCGUUGGGACCUCAAAAUCAAAAUAUUCAUCAUAUUGGUAUUCAUAAUUCAAUUAUUUUGCCUUCACAAACCCCAUUAGAGACUUUGCAUACUCAACCUUUGAAAACAAAAAUUGUUACAACAGUUAAAGAACAUUAUAAUUUUGAAAAUGAAACACAUUUAUAUUUAAAAAAAAAUUUAGAAGGUAAAUUAUUUGAGAAAAAUGUGGUUAUAUUAUCAUGUACAGGUUAUUUACCAAAAAAUUAUGAAAAAUAUUCCAUUGAACAUCAACCAACUUCUUUUGAGCUUACAACAAAUCUAUCAAAAAAUUUAUUAAAUGAACAUCCAAAAAAUAUUCAUACAAUUUCAUUACAUUGUCCCUUACAUAUCAAAUCUUUGGAUGAAAAUUUAGAUGAAGUUAUUGAGAUUUUAAAACAUUGGAAACAUUUAUUUAAAGAAGCAGAUGUCAUACUUUUCAUGGGGGUUUAUCAUAGCUCUCCUCUUUUAAUUUUAAUUAUUCAUCAUAUCUUAAAGACUAAAUCAAAUUUUCAAAUUAGUUCAAAUAUUCCAGUUGGUAUAUUAUUAUUCGAAUCAUGCUUACAAGGCUAUCGAUUUUGGGAUCAUAAUACUGAUUUAUUAACUUAUAGCCACGAUAAUAAUUAUUUAAAGAAAAAAAAUUCAAGCACAAAUAUUAAAUCUUUGUCAAAUGAUUAUAAUAAAAUUUUACAAACAAGAGAAAAGGAACUUUUCCAAAAUACUACAAAACUUGAAAAAGAUACAUUAUUAAAAUUGAGAAAUUAUAGAAAAGUAGAUUCCAAAGAGUCUAAAAAAGUUCAAAGUGCAUUAUCUAAAAUUUUGAAUAAUUGGCCAACUUCAAGAUUAACUUUUUUUGGUAAAUUAUAUGAUAAUUUUAUGACUAUUUCACAAAAAUUAGCCGUUGAUUAUACUCAUCCUCAAAUAUUUAGAAAUAUUUGGUGUGAUGCAAAAUAUAUGGGAGUAGAUUUAAAAUCACCUUUAGAAUCUGGAUUAAAUGACGAACCUAUGGAAGAUGAUAAUUUAACUUAUGAAACCAUUUUGCCAAUACCAAAUAAUCGAUUAAUGGAAAUUGUUAUUAUUAACAAUUUUUUACUUGCUUUAAAUUUAGGCUAUUAUAAAUUCAUUCCAAUAUUUAAAUUACUUUCUCCAUUUUUCAUUUCUAGGUCUUUUAAUUCAAAUACCGUACCAUCAACUUUACAAAAGAAAUUACAAAAUCAAUUAAAAAGUUGGUUACAAGAAAUGGAUUCGUUUUGGAAAGGACAAGAAGAAAUUCCAAGAAGAAUUAUAGAUAAUAUUCAAUUUCCAGAAACUUUAUUAUCAUUAUACCCAAUUUUACAAUAUUUGUAUUACAAAUAUCAUAUAAAUAAACGCGAUAAUCCAAAUUCUAAUGUCAUUAACAAUACAAUCUCACCCAAAAUUAAUAUAAAUACAACUAAUAAUACCACUAUUAUCUCUCAUACAAAAUUAAGCACCACCACCACUACUACAAAUAAUAAAAAUAAAAAUAAUGAUAUUUCUUCCUCUUCUAUAACUAAUACUGAAAAUAAUAAUAAGAAUGACAAUCUAAAUCCCACAACGUUAUCUUCUGAAAAAAUUUUAAAAGAAGAAAAUCUUUUUGUAUUAGAAACUGAUAUGUACACUGAUGAUUCAGUAUAUCAAUGUUUCAUCCAAAAUACAUUAUCCACAAAAUCUCCUCUAAAUAAGAAGCAAUUACAUUUAUUAAAUGAUCAUUCUACCCCCAAAAGUAUUCUAAAUGAAACAAACCAAUAUGAUUUGGUAUGGAAGUUUCAUGAAGCUUUAUCACUAUAUAUGCGAAUUAACAAUUUACCGCACCAAGAAUUUCCCUUACAUCUUUCCUUUGCAUUAACAGCAAAAGAUACAACUUUUUGGAAAAUUUCAAAACCAGAUCCUACGAAUUUUAUUAACGAUAAUUCUGAAGCCAUUACACGCGUGAAGCAAACAUGGGAAGUUUAUCAGCAUUGGGACCCACCUACAAGAGGUCUCAAACAAUUAAAAAGAAUAUUAAGUGUCUUAGAAUUUUAUGAUGAUGCAGAAUCGUUAAUUGAAGAUGUUAAAAAUCCUUAA